CAGAUCGCGGUAGUCAGGAACUUCUCAAAAGAAAACUAUAGCGUUACAAAAUCCUUCGACAACUAGGAGUUCUCAGUGAUCAUCAUGGUGCUGAAAAGUGAUUUUCUUUCUGCGAGGAAAGUGUUCCUACUGGUUGUGUUGACGGUUUUGUGUGUGGUUCACACGGCAGUGGGAUUCGAACUCUCACCCAACCAGCACGACGCCAAAGCUGAUACGGAUUAUUUUAACGAUGCUUACUACAGGAGGUACCCUAAGGCUAGGUAUGCGAUUGACCACACAGACACUGACAGGCGUCGUACGUGGAACCCGCCCUCCAGCAAGCAACAAUGGUGGGACAGCGGAAGUCGGGCGACCGACAGGACCGGAGGGAGGAGUCCGGUGGCUGGAACAGCCGACAGAAUACAGCAGAACAGCAGAACACACGCCCAGAAACAUUCUAGAGGUCACGGAGGUCAAGCGACGGGAUUCACGUGGCCAACGUUACAACCCCAAACCCCGGUAACAACAUACGGCAGCAGCAGCAGCUACAACAACAAUUACAACAACAACAACAAUAACCACAACAGCAAGAACUACUAUGACACCCGCAAACAUCCCUCCACGAAUAACUCCCCCUAUAGUCCCACAGUGUCCAUCCCAACUGGACACAAAUCCAACACCGCCUCCAGACAUCCUCACCGGCACUCUGGGUCACACACGUCUAGGUCAAGGUCAAGGACGUCCAGCUACCACGUCGGGAAGGAUCGAGUAAAAUCAUCAUCCGGUUACCAUAACAAACACUACCACAUUCCGAAACGGAGCUACCAGACGGAGACCAACCGGAUACCGGAACAGGAUCCGAAUCUUGGGAAUAACAAGAUAUCCAAUCAAAGUCCACAGGUUGGAAAUAACUGGAUUUCGAAACCGGGUUCUCACAAAGAAAAGAAAAGGGUCCAGGAACCGAAUAAAAAUUUCGGAAACAACCGGAUUCCGAAGCCAAGCUAUGAGACCGGAGGGAACCGAAUUUUGACUUCUUCUGGAAUCAAUCCUAAAACAAACCGGAUCUCCACAACAAACUACAACUCUGCAAGCCACGGGAUCUCGUGGAAGAACGAGAUUUACCUGCCCACGACGGAUGUGAACAGGGUGCCUACCACGGUGGGGCAGAAGAGCUCCUCCUCGGCCAGGGGGGAGUUCAGCCAAUACUGGAGGUCUUGCCCGGAUUGUUAUAACGGUGACGGAGACUGCUGCCCUCACGGAAAAGGCCGACUGGAGAUGGAAAUUGCCGAACUUAACCGAAGAAUCAACAGGUUGUCUCGGGAACUCAAAAACAACUGUCGUGGGUGUGAAGCUAAGACUGCCCACUGGUCAUCCUGGGGCUCAUGGGGGUCUUGCAGCGCCACCUGUGGGUCUGGCAUGCGUCAGAGACAUCGGCGUUGCGAGAAGACCAACUGGAACUACGUGGAGGAUGCCUGCCCGGGCAGGAGCGUAGACACGGAGCCUUGUAGGGGACUCCCCAGCUGUGGCUGUGUGGACAGAGAAUGGACACCGUGGUCAUCCUGGUCAGCUUGCAGCGCCUCCUGCGGGUCAGGGGUUCAGGAAAGGUCAAGGUCGUGCAGUGACCGCGGCCCUGACGGCUGUGGGCGGAAGUGCCGCGGGGCAUCACGGGAGGUGCAGCAGUGUACGACGGACAAAGGGUGUUGUGAAAACGCAAGCUGGACAUCCUGGAGUCAGUGGUCAGCAUGCAGCGCCUCCUGUGGUCAAGGCGUCCAGGAGAAGACCCGUAUGUGCGGCCAGAUGUCCAGCGGCUACACCAACUGUGGUGGUCAGUGCCCCGGGCUGGACACUCUGCAACAGUCCUGCAUGUCGACCGGCCAGUGCUGUGUGGACGGCUCCUGGAACCAGUGGUCACCCUGGUCAGCCUGUAGCGCCACCUGUGGGCCGGGCUUUCGCCGCAGGACACGUGACUGCUCUAGCCCCGCCCCCAACGCGUGCGGCAAGGCGUGCCAGGGGGCGGAGUCUGAGUCUGACAACUGUCAUUCACAGCAGUACUGCAGCCCACGAGAUGCCUGUGUCCAUGGGGGCUGGUCCGACUGGGGUCUGUGGUCAAAGUGUUCGAGCCUGGAUUGUGAGCCGGGUCUUCGGAAACGGAGCCGCUCCUGCAGCAACCCGUCUCCCAGCUGGUGCGGACGUCCUUGCCCCGGAACAGAGUCGGAAAACGCAGCCUGUGUUGCCGAUCAUUGUUGUGUGGACGGAGGAUGGUCGGGUUGGAGUUCCUGGACAUCCUGUCUUGUGGAAUGUGGGCGUGGCGUCCGAGAGAGGUCAAGGACGUGCAAUAGGCCAAGGCCGAAUUACUGCGGUCGGAAGUGCGAGGGGUCGCGGUUCGACACUGAAAAAUGCGAAACGGGCAUUGAGUGCUGUGAAAAACGCAACUGGUCCAACUGGGAGUCAUGGAGUGCUUGCUCCGCCACCUGUGGUAAGGCCAGCCGAUCUAGGUCAAGGUCGUGUGACAUCACUCAAGAAGGGAAUGACUGCGGCCAAUCAUUGUGUGUAGGACAGGACAAGGAGGAAGAGGACUGUGUGGGAACUCCGAAAUGUCUCAAUGUUGGCACUCCGGAUGGACAGUACCCCUCAGAACUGGGCUGUGACGUGUACGUCCAGUGCCGCCGCGGGACCUACAGCAGGUUCAGAUGUCCCGGCACAGACACGGAAUGGAACCAACUCACACAGGAGUGUGAGGCAGGCCAGUCUCCAACCUGUAGAUGGAACCCUAGCUACGAAGGCCCAACAGUACCAUCUGGGCGGUCCGUUGCUAAACUAGACUUGCGGAGUGAGAUUAUAGACGCCCCUGCCAGUGAGUACUACGAUGAGACCACAGGCUUGACUCCGCGAGAGAGACGGGAGCGAUAUGAGGAGAAGAGGAAGAGGAAGGAAAGAAGGAACUAUGCUGGGAGGGACACUGAUUUCACAGGCUAUAGGCCAAGGACUCCGGCCAAGCGCGGGUGUGUGAGGAGCUGUGUGAACGUAGACCCGGGCACGCACCCAUCCUGCCGGGACUGCAGCCACUACGUGCUGUGUUCCCGCUACGGCCAGAUGGAGGAGCGCCGAUGUCCUCGCGAGUACCAGUACGACGCCCUCUGGAGGACGUGUGUCAGGAGGUCAAGGACGUGUCGUUAACCCGAUAGACGAGACUUUAACUCAGUGACGUUUGGAGGGAAUGUUUGUUGGAAAGUCGAGGACUUGUGCUUAUCCUGGUGAAGCUUUCGAGGAAAUGUGGUGUUGGAAGUCAAGGACGUGCUCUUAACCUUUCGACCUUAGGAGGAAAUGUAUGUCAGAAGGUCUAGGACUUGUCCUUAACCCCAUGACCUUUGGAAGUAAUACCUGUUAAAAGGUCAAGGACUUGCCAUUAACCUGAUGGCCUUUUGAGAAAAUUUGUUAGAGGGUCAAGGUUGCGCCCGUAACCCGAUGACCUUUGAAGGAAAUGUUUUUCUAAUCGCCAGAUGACCUUUGGAAGAAAUGUUUGUUAGAAGGUCAAGGACAUGCUCUGAACUCGAUGAAAUUAGGAGGAAAUUAUGUCUGAAUGUCAAGAGCAUGUCCUUAACCUGAUGACCUUUUGACCUUUUAAAGAAAUGUGUGUCAGAAAGUUAAGGACGCGCCCUUUACCUGAUGGACCAGAGCUCUCGUCUGAGUGUGACAAACUUUACCAUCCUAUGUGUGUGCCAAAUACACGCCUCAGCAUGCUGGUGUGUAUGU